AUGGAGUCUACGCAGAAAACAGAAGCCCCACUCAAAAUGGUUUUAACUGAAACGAAUAUAAUGAAGGGACUACGACAGAGAUACCAGCUGUCGUCUAGUUCUGUAGGUUGUAUUAGAGGGUUUCCGUCUCCGUAUGUUAUUUUUCCUCUAAUCCCGAGAGGCAAAGCAUGCCUGAGCCAGAGCCAGGCAACAGGAAAUCUCAGCCCAGGAACCAGAGCACAGAAUGCUGUAUACGCCGGUGACAAUACCAAUUACGUUCUGGGUGACCCGUGUGGCCCUUUUGCUGAGGCCUUCAGGACACAAAGGCCCCACCGACAGACGCGACCCUCCGUGGGGAGGGAGGCAGGGCCCGGGGGCGGGGGCACAGCGGGGGCCCCAGCCUCGGGGGCGUCACAAGGGGCGGCCGGGACCCCGGCCCAACAUGGCCGAAGUCGGCAUCGACCAGUCCAAGCUGCCCGGAGUCAAGGAAGUGAACAACAAGACUGUGAAAUUGCUCAGGAAAUCCAGGAGAAGCUGGCUAUUGAGGCUGAGAGACGACGCAUUCAGGAGAAGAAAGAUGAGGACAUAGCUCGCCUUUUACAAGAAAAGGAGUUACAGGAAGAGAAAAAGCGCAAGAAACACUUUCCAGAGUCCUCUGGAUCCAGUGCUUAUGGAGAUAGUUACUACUAUGAAAACGGAGACCAGCCACAGUCAAGGAGGGCAAGGGAAUUGGGUUCUGGAGUCUCAAGGUCUUGUAGACUCCAAAGUGAUGGAGACACUGUGAAGCAAAGGAAGGAGAAACCCAGACAUCCAACGGAGAACUUGGAAGAGCUAGAAGAUUAUUGUUCAUCUGGGAAAUUUCUGUCAUCCUGUAGCUCAGGCAAAGUGAGGGUCAAUCCCCAGAUUGACUCUGAGCAGCGUGAAAGGAAACGGUCAGAUCAUGAGAGACUUCGGAGACCUCCACUUCCCAAGAUCAGGGGUGAGGUGUUUCUGAGUACUGGAUGUGAUGACUGGGAGGCUGAUGGUGGCCAUCGAACUCGGAAUUGGGAAAAACAGUCCAGACACCAAGACCGACUUCCAGCCAAGUCUUCACAGAAAGCAGAGCUUCAUUGCAAGGAAGCUGUGUAUGGGAGGGACCUUGGGCAAGGUGAGCACAGAGAAAGGAAACACAGGCCCAGGACCCCUCCCUUCUCAGAGAGUGAGAAACGGCUCCAACUCCAUGACACAGGAAUGAAGCCAAGAGGGAUGAAAGAGGCUGUCUCUACCCCGUCACGAGUGGCCCACAGGGAUCAGGAGUGGUAUGAUGCUGAAAUUGCCAGAAAACUGCAAGAAGAAGAAAUUUUGGCUACCCAAGUGGACAUGAGAGCGGCUCAAGUAGCCCAGGAUGAGGAAAUUGCUAGACUCCUCAUGGCUGAAGAAAAGAAAGCUUACAAGAAAGCCAAGGAGAGGGAGAAAUCAUCUAUGGACAAAAAAAAGCAUGACCCUGAUUGGAAGCCAAAAACAACUAAAUCGGCACACUCAAAGUCAAAAGAGAGUGAUGACCCUCACCGUUCUAAGAAUGACAGGCCAGCACGGCCACCACCACCUGCCAUGACAGAAACUGGGGAUUUGGAUUACACUCACGUGACAAACCAGCAUAAUUCCACACGUCAUUUCUCAAAAUCAGAAUCUUCUCAUAAAGGUUUCCAUUAUAAGCAGUAAAAACCUAGGAAUCUGCCUUGAAAACGGACUCACUGUAGCAAAUGUUACUGGAUGAUACAGAAUGCAUUCCAUGGUCAUUUUUUUUCUUCCUCUGUUUGUAUACCUGGGAUUUACCUUCAAGUGUUUCUCAGACCAUAAAUAAUCUUAAUUCAUUCAGAAUGUUUUGGUUAUUCCGGAUCACUUGGGCAGUACAAGAAAGUCUAGCUUCUGGAUGUUGGCCACCUCUAUUCUGCAAGUGCUUCCUGGGAUAUAGUAUCUAAAAGCUCCGUACAAUGCCAGUUUGCUAGGUAUGGAGUACUGGUAUCUAGAGACUAGGCUUGAUUUAGCUGUUAGAAUUUUGUGGAGAUAAUGAUCAGAGUAAAACACAGUAUUUGGAUGCAAUGCACAAUAAAAGAACAUAACAAGUAGCUUUUUUUGUGCAUUAGUGUAUGGUAUAUUGAAGAAGGAAUCUUUUGGCUUUUGUAUUCUCCAGGAAUAUAGAGAACAUCAGAACCAUAAAGUAUUAAAAAAAAAAUCUGGGACAGUUGAAACACGUUUCUGGGACCACCAGGACUGUACCGGUUUUGCACACCCGUCUAAGCCCUCCAGGGAGAAUUGGCCCAGAUGGCAUGCUCAGUCCCUUGCUCUGCUGUUGCUUCUACAGUAAGGCUUUUGGAGGCCUCGGGGUAUUGGGCUAUUUAGUAGUAUUUAUUGGCAAAAGUUUAAUUCUAUGAAAUUUUAACUCAGGUCUGUGCAAAGUCCAUUGAAAGUGAAAAAAAUGAAAAGUCCUUUGUAUCCCUUCACUUGUUUUACAUGUACAUAGCCAAGGGCAGCGGCUGGUGUGGGAAAUGUUCAUAUGAGCAACGAUGCCAUCUUUCUCUCUAGACAUAGAUCCAGGGCAGUUUCUGUUGGCAGCCACUCCAAAAAUAUUUUGUGUAUCUGUCAAUAAUCAGAUUAAUUUGACAUGAAGUUGAAGUAGAUGAAAUGGUUCUUUAUUCAGGUAUUUGGUUCUAUGCAUUUGUUAGUGAUACGUGCCGUUGGACUCUGUUGUAACAGACCGUUAAAGCCUCUUUGAGAAAUCUCGUCUCUGUCUAGCUCCUCACCUUGUGGAAAUACUUACCGUCCCCAUUCUGGUUAGUUAACAUAAGUGGCAAUCACAUGACAUAUAAAUAAUUUUCUUUCAGCUUGA